AUGUUCUACAUGAUCCUCCCAAAUUAGAAAAGCAGUCUGCACAAUUAAAAUUAGAGGGACAUGGAUUACAUUCCUAAUCUUAGAUAUAAUUUCCUUAUGGGCAAAUAUUACAUGAUUUUUUAUCUUAGCUCAAAGCAUAUCCAUCAACACAUACAGAACAAGUUUAUUAAUCUUUACAAGAUUAGCAAUUUUGAAUACAAUUCUGAAAUCUUCCUCCAGAAUUAAAUUGUUAGUACUAGUUAGCAUAGCAUAAAUUAGCCUAUGAAAAUUGUGAAAGGAAGCAGCUUUAACAGUCAUUUGAAGUUGAACAAGCUUUACAUUAAUUAUUUGCUCCUCCUAAACAUGGUAAGUAUUAAUUAUUUUAAAAAUAAUACCCUUCUUUUUAUUGUCCAUCUAAGCAGAUAGAAUUAAGUAGAUAUUAUCCACCUGGACAGUUAGAAACGCAUUGCUAGUUUGAUAAAACCUUUCCAUCUUGGCAAUUAGUUAUUGUUAUAUUAAUAGGAAAUUAUGGAGGCUAUUUAUAUUAUUUUGGAUAAAUAUUUAAGCAUCCAUCUUUAGGAUCUAUUGAAACGUAUCCAUCAGAAGCUACUAGGUUUCCAUUCACCUUAACACUUAUUGCUUAAAUUGGGGUUGAUGACUUAAAAUAAAUCUUAAUUUGUGGGAUAAUAGCAUCUUUAUCCCAAUUAAAUGUAAUCAAAUUGA